UUAGGGCGCACCGCAGAAAGCCGACUACUGAAUAAAAAUUUGUAAAUAAAAUAUAUAAAUGCGCUUUAGAAACAAAUAAUAUUUGCUUGUACUAAUGUCCAAUACGCGGAAAGAUCCGUGUAAAAAAAACGCAUGUAAAAUACAAGCCUGUUUAAGUGAAAAUAACUAUCAGGAAAGUAAGUGCUUGGAGGUAUUGGAACAAAUGCGUCUUUGCUGCUUAAAGUGGCAUAAAGAAUCAACUUGUUGUUCAGGAAUAAAUCUAGAAAGGAGUUAUCUUGUGGACAGAGAAGAGCAAGAAGAGAGAAUUGUUACGGGCAAACCAAAAGAAGCCACCAAACUCAGUUUGCUGUAAUAAAAUUGAAUAAUGCAAAAGUCUUCUAUUCCGCCCUACAAACCAUCACCUGAAAUACAAGAAAGAGUUGAACAGCUGCAACAACAAGCACAACAGGGC